AUGCCUACAUCCAUAUCUUCUUUAUUGCCCAACUUCUUCAUCACACCAGCUCCACCCGCAACAUCUACACCUGCAACAACUGCAUCUUUGACACUGCAAUUUGCUGCUCCCUGGACCACAUCCACCUUUUCUGUGCCUGCACCUUACUCUCCUCUUAAGGAGCUGCUAACUCCACACUCAGCAUUCACAACUAGUAAGCAUGUGACAGCCAAGAUAGAGAACUCACCAAUCCUGAGCAUCAGUGCUGUAGCUGUGCAGAUGAUGUAUUCUGUUGAGUCAGAGCCAAAGAAGGAGUGCUGCAUUAUAUCUCAUCUCUCUAGGACUCAGAGCACAUCUGACUCAGAUGAUUCAUGGGACAGAGAACCUAACAUCAAACCAGUUGCAAUUCCAGGGCCAAGUGCCUCAAAGGGAGACCUCAUGGAGGCACUUAAGGUGCUGCAGGUUCAGGUCCAGAAGCUCAUUGAGGACAAUUGUACUCUUCAUGAGGAAAACAAAGUUCUCAUUGCUGAGAAGCCCAAGCACAAAUGUCGUGCAGAAGCACCUGAUGAACUCCUGGCCCAUGAGCAAAUGAUAACACUUUAUGCUCACAAAUACAGCAUGACUGUUGAGAUGUUCCCUAAUGCUGAACUUCUCAGCAAGCAAUGCCCUGAGAAUCUGACUCCCUUUGACAACUGA